UUCGAUCCCACUAAUCCCAGAUUAUCAUCUGAUCGACGUUGGUGACACGAGAAAGCCCCGGAGCAGAACCGAACAUGUCAACGACGCCACCGGCGUCACGCCGGCUCCUCGUCGUCAUCCUCUGCGCGCUCGCGCUCGCGCUCUCCUGCAGCCGCGGCAUCGCCGCCGUCUCGUCCGUCGCCGGCGAUGACGCCGCGUUCCUCCGCUGCCUCUGGGCCGCUGUCCCGCAACGGCUGGUCCACACCCGGGGCUCCCCGUCCUACGCCGCGGCGCUCGUCUCCUCGGUACGGAACCUCCGCUUCGUAGCGCCGGGGACGCCGACGCCGCUCGCCAUCGUCGCGGCCGCCGAGGCGAGCCACGCCCAGGCCGCGGUGCGGUGCGGCCGCCGCCACGGUGUCCGCGUCCGCGCGCGCAGCGGGGGCCACGACUACGAGGGGCUCUCGUACAUGUCCCUCGACCGGCGCGAGCGGUUCGCGGUGCUCGACCUCGCGGCGCUCCGCGAGGUCCGCGUGGAUGCGGAGCGCGCCGAGGCGUGGGUCGGGUCCGGCGCCACGCUCGGCGAGCUCUACUACGCGGUGGGCGCCGCGAGCCGCACGCUCGCGUUCCCGGCCGGGAUCUGCCCGACCGUCGGCGUCGGCGGCCACAUCAGCGGCGGCGGAUUCGGCACCCUGAUGCGCCAGUACGGCCUCGCGGCGGACAACGUCCUCGACGCCGUCCUAGUGGACGCCGACGGCCAGCUCCUGAACAGGACCACCAUGGGGGAGGACCUCUUCUGGGCCAUCAGGGGCGGCGGCGGCGAGAGCUUCGGCGUCGUGCUGUCCUGGAAGCUCCGGCUCAUCCGCGUGCCGGAGACGGUCACCGUGUUCACCAUCCGCCGCGCACGGAACCAGUCCGCCACCGACCUCAUCACCAAAUGGCAAGAGAUUUCGCCGUCCCUCCCUGGGGACAUCAUCCUCCGUGUCGUCGUGCAGAGCCAUCACGCGCAGUUCGAGUCCCUGUUCCUUGGCCGGUGCAGCCGCCUCGCCCGCCUCAUGCGAGCCCGCUUCCCGGAGCUCGGGAUGACGCAAUCGGACUGCGAGGAGAUAACCUGGGUCCAAUCUACCGUCUACUUCGCCUUCUACUCCAGCUCCGAGCCACUGGAGCUGCUCCUGGACAGGGGCACCAAGCCGGACAGAUACUUUAAGGCCAAAUCCGACUACGUCCAAGAGCCCAUCCCAAGCCACAUCUGGGAGAGCACAUGGGCAUGGCUGGAGGAGCACGACGCCGGGCUGCUCAUCCUGGACCCAUACGGCGGCGAGAUGGCCCGCGUCUCGCCGGCGGCGACCCCGUUCCCGCACCGCAAGGGUAACCUGUACAACCUCCAGUACUACUCGUUCUGGUUCGAGCACGGAGCAGGGACAUUGGAGAAGCAUCUGAGCUGGGUCAAAGGACUGUACAACGUGAUGGGGCCGUACGUGUCCAAGAACCCAAGAACUGGCUAUGUCAAUUACAGGGACAUCGAUCUUGGCAGGAAUGAGAUUGAGGGCAAUGUAACGAGCUACACGAAGGGUAGGAUUUGGGGCGAGAAGUAUUUCAAGGGCAAUUUCGAGAGGUUGGCAGCGGUGAAGGCCAUGGUUGAUCCUGAUGACUUCUUCAGGAAUGAGCAGAGCAUCCCCCCUCUUCCUGCUGCAAAGGGGUGGAGCUCCAUUUAACUGGACCACUGUUCUUUGCAUUUUAGUAGGCCUAAAGAGCUUGCCAGAAAUAAGUAUAGUGGUCGAAGAUUCAUGGAUACCAGAGCUAUGAACAUAUGUUCUCAAGUCCCUGGACUACUGAACUGGAGAAGAGUUCCUCAGAUAUGUGGUUUGAAUUGCUUAGGAGCAAAUAUCUUAAUCAAAUGGCUUCCUUCUUCCGAGCUCAUCUAUAGGUGCCUCGCAGUUCUGGAAAAAGGGUUACAUGAAAUGAAAUAUAUUUUGUGAGGGAAAAAGGUAAAUAAUGGAGCUAGUACAUCCUUCCUGGGAGAUGUUUGAUGCAGUAGUGCAAGAUUUAUAGGAUCCGCAGGCAGCAAACACGCUCCGUGAAAGAAUUUAUGAAGUGACGUAAUUGGGAAUUAGAGUUCAGGUGAUACUUCACUGAAGAUGAUGCGAUUUAUUGUCAGGAAUCAGUGAUUAGAUGGGAGAAUGAGAGUUAUCUAGUGUGUUUACGGUAGAUAGAGAUAGAUAAAUAUAUUACCUUGUGCAGUUAGUUCACUUUAAAGGGAACUAGGGUGGGUCUGAAUUUUGUAAAUUAUGUCAAAAGAAGGAAAUAGUGGGUCAUAGAGACUUGUAGCUUAUUUUGCAUGGUGUGCCAUUAGAGGUAUGGGAGGCUUGCAAUUAGGGUUUAUAUAUUGGACUUUAAGCGUUAAAUGGACUGCUCAAUCUUACGUGUUUUAAA